AUGGACUCCAUUCAACCAAACCGCAGCGAGGCCCUGCCAGAGCGCUUAUGCCAGAUCAUUACACCAAUUGGGAUGCUAGGCUAUGGCUUCAAUGUGGAAGAUGUCGAGUAUGGGCUUCAUUUAAGCCUCGAGACAGAGACUCCAACUGCGAUUGUUGUGGACUCUGGAUCGACCGAUUCUGGGCCCGCAAAACUUGCAUUAGGAACCAUGACUUGCCCUCGGUCGGCCUAUGAGAGAGACCUUCGCCAGUUAAUCCGGCUUGUUCGACAGUAUCGUGUUCCUUUGCUGAUCACAUCAGCUGGGGGCGAUGGCAGCGAUGCGCACGUCGACGAGUUCCUAGAUAUCAUUCGCAACAUCCUCGAGACUUCAGACCCCAGCACCCAGAAUAGCCUGAAGAUCCUGUCAGUCUAUAGUGAGACAAGCCAAGAGUGGGUAUUACAACAUCUCAAGGCCGGCAAGGUAUCUGGUUGCGGUCCAUGUGUGCCCCUUCUCACUACUCAGGAUAUCGAAGCCACGCCAACCAUUGUCGGACAGAUUGGCCCAGAGCCUAUGCUGCAAGCAAUGGCCGCUCAUCCCGACUUUGACAUUUUGGUUGCCGGAAGAUCGUAUGACCCGAGCCCUCAUGUAGCAUUUUGUGCCUUUCACCAUUAUGAAAAAUCAUACAGGAAAGUUCGGGACCUGGACCCCACAACCCUUGGUGGCUUCACGCAUAUGGGUAAACUCAUGGAGUGUGGAGGAGUAUGCGCGACUCCCAAGUGUGCGGCCUCUAUGGGAGUCAUCUACCGCGAUGGAACAUUCGACAUACGUCCGUUGGCUUCUGGCUCCCGGUGCACCCCCACGAGUGUUGCUGCACAUGCCCUAUACGAAAAGUCUCGGCCAGACAUGCUGCAUGGUCCUGGGGGCUAUCUCGACGUGACGACUGCGACGUAUUCUGUUCUCAACGAUGGCAUCGCGAUCCACGCUAGCGGCGCUGUCUUCAAGGCUUCCAAGCAUGAAAAGACCGCUUACACGAUCAGGUUCGAAGGAGCAAAGGCAAUCGGAUAUCGCACGAUCUUCAUGGGAUCUAUUUGCGAUCCAAUUCUCAUCCAGCAGCUUCCUUCAUUUCUGUCGCGCGUGAAUGCUUACGUCGCCGAGCAACAUUCUCAGGUUCAGGAUGGAUGGUCAUUGGAUUUUCAUAUCUACGGCUUUGAUUCAACCAGGCCGGCGCAACUCCCGGGGGAAGUCUUCCUUGUUGGAGAAACCCUAGCCGAGACCCAAGCUCUAGCCACGAGCAUUGCCUCAUGCGCCAGAAUUGCAUGUGUCCAUGGUCCAUACGAGGGUCAGAAAGCAACGAGCGGGAAUUUUGGUAUGGGGAUCGGUGGGAAAUUGGAAAUCGAGAUGGGAGUCUGCACUGAGUUUUCAGUAUAUCACUUGGUGCAGCUUGAGGAGGGACAGGAAGAGGCAGAGGAGAUUCGGCCUCACAAGGAGCCAGAUUGUCCAGAAGCGGCCGAUGGAAAGUUCGUCAAAUGGCAGAUGGUCAUCUUGGGCAACGGACCUCGACUUGGCAGCAUCGAUUGCAAUUUUGCAGGGACAACUGAUCACAGCCAGCGAACAAAUGCGCUCACUGCUGGCUCCAGUGUGCAAAACAGUGCAUUUUCAGCAAAAGCCAGAACGCUUGGUAGUAUUGCCAGCGUGGUCAGAUCGAAAAACGCCGGCCCUUACGAAAUUACCCUCGAUGUGAUGUUCGAUGAUGCUGCAGUCUAUCACCGGAUUAAGGAAUCCGGACUACUCACGCCCGGGCGCAUUGCAGAGCUAUACGAUAUUGCGGUUGCAGACAUCGUGUGGUCUGGAUUCUUUGAUCCAGCGCUGGCAUUCAAAGCUACGAUUCCCCGCCGAAGACGAGGACAUGAAAAGCCACAGCCAUCUGGUGGAUUUAUGGAGAAUGACGUGCAUGGGUCACAGAAUCAUUUGCCUUUGAUGAAUUUGUCGUUAGAGAGUAGCAUUUAG